UACGGCAGCCGUUACUGGUCGCUAAUUGACCGGUAAAUGGGCCAAGGUCAGGAUCAAUACAGAGGUCAGGCCAGGCAGCGGAGGGUCAGAAUACCGCAAACGGGCAGACAACAGAAGGCAGGCACUUAGCAAGCUAAGGAACCUAAUUGCUCAGGCACCAACCCACUGCGGAAAGUGCCUGAAAUACCCCAGGGUUGCCAGCCAUUGGUUGGUGAAGAGUAGACCGCGCAUGCACUGGCCCUUUAAAAGUCGGAGGCGGCACGUGCACGCACCCUACGGGUUAAGAGACUUUGCUGGCAAGACGGUGCGGGGGAACAGUGCAGACCUGGCGGCCGGAUCCACCGGGAAGGAACUCGCCUAGAUCAGAAUGCGUGCGGCAGUGCAGAGAAGUGUGUGUGACAGGAGGAGGAAGUAGCUAGCUUCUCCUCCGACGUGGGAUGGAGGUCCGUACAACUGGCGAUCCGGGUCACGACUGUAACACGGCCUUGAUGAAAUGAGGACUGCAUUUGCCUCCGGCCGUCUACUCCGUACGUAUUUUCCGCUGUGGCGGCUGCGCAGGAACGCUGCAAGUUUAGCUUCUAUGCAGGAGGUGAUGAAGCUGCAGGAGAAGAAACGGAGCAGCAUCGUCUUCCCCGUGAGGGACCUGGAGAAGCUCCUGAGCCCCGACAUUGACAGGACCAACUUCAGACUCUUUGAUCCCACCAUUGAGGAAAUUACGGAGGCCGAGAGAUGGUUCAGGCCGUCCGGAAAACACGUCAUCGAUUAUUUCACGUCAGCGGUGAGAAUGGAUCACACUCCUGAGCUGCAGCAACCAGAGGUCUGUUUCAUCGGGAGAAGUAACGUGGGGAAAUCCUCGCUCAUCAAGUCCCUGUUUGCCUUGGUUCCAGGAAUUGAAGUGAAAGUCUCCAAAACCCCAGGCCACACAAAAAAAAUGAACUUCUUCAAAGUGGGAAAAGCCUUCACCCUGGUGGACAUGCCAGGCUACGGGUAUAAAGCCCCGGAGGACUUCGGGGAUAUGGUGGAAGCGUACAUCCAGGAGAGACGCAGCCUAAAAAGGACCUUUUUGCUGGUGGACGGGUCAAUCGGGAUCCAGAAAGCAGAUUUAAUUGCAGUGGAGAUGUGUGAAGAGCUUGGAAUUCCUUAUGUUAUCAUCAUGACAAAGAUGGACAGAUCCCGGCCCGCUGUCCUGGUCACACAGUUCAUGCAGAUUCAGGACUUCAUCAGGUCUCAGACGUUGGGCUGCUUUCCCGAGCCCUUCUUGGUCAGCGCUCUGCAUUUCUCAGGGAUUCAUCUCCUCAGAUGUUUCAUCGCCCACGUGACGGGAAACCAUCCAAAAGUCAGCUAAGUGACAAGCGUCGUAAUCCCAACCAGUUCUCCAGGAGGAGAGCGUGGCAGAGGAAGCCACAGGCUUGUGGUAGAAGGGGCUCAUGGGCCCAACGUCACCUCCCGGAGUAAGGUCUCGUUCACACAUCACUAUGGUAUGCUGGAUCCCAGAGAAGAGACUAAGAAAACUUUCCUUUAUACUUUUAUAUCCAUGACCCAAUAAAGUCUGACAACGGCAGCGUUUGGUCCCCGCCGUACUCCAGUGCAGGAUAAGGAAGAAUCCUAGGAGGACUGGACGUUUCUGACCAUGGACACAGUAUAUGGACUUCCAAGCCCUCGGUUAGUGGGAGCAGAGUAGACACUCAAGUGUAUUUAUCAUUACAGAACAUUAAAACACCAAAAAAAAAAAACU